UUCGUUUCCUGUAGUGUGUCAAAAUAUGGCGGGGAACGAAGAGGUGGACAUUCCAGGUACUGGAGCAGUAUUUACGUUUGGGAGAAGUCGAUUCGCCGAUAACGUACCUAGUCAUUUCUUUAUCAGGAAUGACCCUGUUGUAGAGAUAGCAUGCGGCGACGAACAUACAGCUGUAGUAUGUCGAUCAGAUAAGGGUAGUUUCAUAGAUACUUUGACGCUGCACCGCUUUGUAAGUGAAGACAGAGUAAGAUAAGAAGGGAAGAGUGUUUAUGUUCGGCAACAACGAUUACGGACAACUGGGCCUCGGUCACAGGAACGUAGUCACGAAACCCAGCUGCGUCAAGUGUAA